AUGCCGCAGCCAGGCUUUCCCUGGAAUUCCCAGGCACGAGACAAUGAGAAAGAGUUGAUAAUAAUACCAGAAGAGAGCAGGGCUACAGCUGGGCCAGAUGUAGGGAAACCAGGCGACCUCCCAAAAUCCGAAAAAAACGCUUCUCCCACCGAGCAUUCUCAACAAAGGAAGCCAAGUAUAGGGCAUGGGAAACGUUGGAAUGGGUCAUCAAAAGCCCCCCCAAGGGUCAAAACACCAGUGUUGAGGUCUCUGUCCGAUACCACUACAUCAACAUCAAAACCAAAGUCCCCGCUGCCAGUUCGGACCAUUCCGCGUGAGUUCACUCAAUAUGAAGCACGUAACAUUACGACUAAUGUAGCUCUAGCAUGGGUGCGAGAUGUAGAAGAGGAUGACCUCGUCGAUCCUCAAUUUCAGUUUCCAGGCGCGCCGCACGCUGCGUUGGUUGCACAUCAUAACCACUCCCCGUCGACAGCCCGACAGCCGCUUCUUUCGGGCGAGCAUCCUCAUGACGAUGAAUUCGUCACAUCCUCUGGCCAUCUUCGGCCAGAACGGACGUCGAGAUGGAUAACUUUUGCUCAGGCAAGUGCCUAUCCUCAUGAAGAUUUCAAUGGCGAAAAGGUGGAUCCAGAAUAUCUCGACCAGCACUUUACCGACUAUUCCAAACCCUGGCUCGACGGUCGCGACGAGGAGAACGCAGAUGACGAUACCAGCAGGUAUCGCGCAUUCCGCAAAAAGAGGCAGGUGUGGUACAAGCGGGCUCAGUUCACCAUCCUCCGGAAUCCGUUCAUCCCUCUGGCUUUCCGACUGACGGUUUUCCUGUUCGCCCUCAUAGCCGUUGCGCUAGGCACAUCAAUCUUCCAUGAGACUGGGAAGAUCAUCAAGUGCAUCCACCAACACCCGCGCAGCGAGCAGUGUGUGGCCUUGGUGGGCACAGAAGAACUGGACUAUUACCGAGAUCCUUCUGGACUCAUGGCCGUCAUUGUCGAUGCCAUCGCUCUGGCUUACACCUUAUACAUUACGUACGAUGAGUACUUCUCUAAACCUUUAGGACUGCGACCUGCCCGGGCGAAAGUGCGUCUCGUCCUCUUGGAUUUGUUCUUUGUCGUAUUCCAGUCGGCAAACCUUGCCUUGAGUUUCGAGUCGUUGACUGUCGAUGAAGGAGCUUGCAAAGUAGGCCACGAACCCAGGACGUCCAGCCGGUUCGACAAUGUUUGCGAUCGGGCAAAAGCACUGAGCGGGGUUUUGUUGGUGUCUUUGGUAGCAUGGCUGCUGACUUUCUCCAUCAGUGUUUUAAGGUAUGCUCACCCUUCUGAAAAUUCACGUCCCAAGUGCUGA